AUGAAAUUAAUUGAAAAAGAAGGCGAUGAAGGUAUGAAAAUUAUUUUGGAGGACAUGAUAAAAAGAUCUAGAAGAGUUGCCUGGAUAAUGCAAUCUAUGAUGACUUUUACAUCAGGGGUAUUUGGGAUUUAUCUGUUUGGUCUGACUUUUAUAUUUCGAGAACCUGGUGAAGGAAUUCAUCCAUUCUGUGCUGAAACUUGGUUUCCAUUCAUCGACAAAAACAACGUAUGGAUUCCAUUUAGUUUAUACUUCUACGCUUGUAUCAUGGAUGCCAUCCUGAUGCCACAAUGGAACGUCAUGGUCAUGGUGUUGAUGAUAUAUGCAACCAGCAUGAUAAAAAUACUUCGACAUAAAUUGCAACAUCGAGAUGCUUUUGCCUCACAAUUGAAAUUAGGAAGCAUUAAUGAAAGCACAACUUGCAGGGGCAGUUAUAAUUUUAUUGUUGAUCGGAUAGAAGGAUUUGGCUUUGAUUUAUUUUUCACUAUAGGAUUCUUACAGUCUCAAGUAUUUUGUGCUUUGCUUUACUACUGGCAUGCCAAUGAAACUACAGUACAGAGUGAAGAUCUAGCGACAGAUAUAUAUGAAUCUCAGUGGAUAGACGAUUCAAAGGCCUACAAAAAUGCUGUAUCACUCAUGAUACAAAGAGCACAAAGGUUAAUUAUUUUUCAAGCAGGAUUAUUUCCUAUGAAUUUGCAAACCUACAUAAUGGCAUUUGAAAAUGGCAAAGACAUGUCAUGA